GAAGCGCGUGGUCGAGUCUCAAGCUGAAAGAAAAGUUUAAAAAUUAAGGAUAAAGGAAGCAAAAAAAAACAAUAACAACAAGAACAACAACAACAACUAGACCAGAGUUAAGAGUCAACGAAAGAAAUUAUCUGUAAAUGUGCUUUUAGUGUGAAUGCAGGGAAAAUCAGACGAAAUAUAAUACUCUCGGAAGCAGCAUGGAUGAGGAGCACGACGACGAUCAAAUAAUAUGAGAUUAGAUGGGGCUUUAGAGCCCCGGCCCCGUUACGGAGCUGCCUUUGGCACGUUAAAGGGCCGACGCUUCAUUGGUGUUGCCCAAUAUCGUCGAGAGACGCGUGAAAAAUGUGAGCAAAAGCAACAGCAACAAGCUGAUGAAGACGACGAAGCAUCGGCCACAGCCUCAAUUUCAGAUGCUGAGUGUUUGACCAACAACAACAUCAACAACAACAACAACAACAGCUGCGACAACAGCAAGUACCAGAACAACAGCAACAAUUGCCCCUGGGCGUGCAUAAGUAAUACCAACCAAAAUAAGGGUGUCUCAACAACAACAACAGCAACAAGAGCUGAAACAACAACACGUGUAGCAGCCCCAGCUGUAGAAGCAAAAGUGGUAGGAGAAGAAGUAGGAGACGGAGACGGAGUAGAAGGAGCCCCAACAAAUUGGCGCGUCAUUUCUUUCUGUUGCGACAACGUAAAACGCGCCCUUCUCGCGUCCCUUAAAAUUCGUGCCCAGCAAUCGUUAAUGCUAAUGGCCGCCCUUACCGGGAACAAGCAAGUGGGGGGGCGUGGGCGUGGGCGUGGGCGCGAGCAUGGACGCAGACAUAGGGCAAAAUUUGGUUUGCCUGAUGGCAACCACUGGGAGCGACGCCUCAGCACGUUCGUCCUGAGCCUGAUUUCCGUUAUUGCGCUGCUGCCGCCGUUGACUCUCGGCGAUGACGGCGACAACUUCUUUGCCGUUAAUGCCUUCAGUGCGGGACCGGAGACAACAACACCAGAAUUUGACUACGCCAGUCGCGGUCAGAAGAAGUAUGGUGACAAAUGUGACAACACAUUGGAAUGCGGCUUUCCUGGCUCAAUAUGUGAUCCCAAAAAGAAAUCUUGCCAAUGCACCGAAGAUCUGCCCGUCACCAAUCACUUUGAUAAAUGUGGCAAAGAGGCCGCCGUCAACGAGUCCUGUUUCUUUAACGAACAAUGCGAGGUCAAGUACUUUCAGACGGAAUGCCGCGACGGACGUUGCAUUUGCCGGUUCGAGAUGUCGCCCAUUUGGGGCAAGGAUGGAUCUGUGGAAUGCAAAGGGCGCCAGGAUAAGCGUGGACCCGAGACCUAUAUUGAUCCGGCCAUGAUUGGUGUGCUGGUAGGAAUGGCAUUGAUGUUUAUUAUUAUUUGUGUCGUCCUGCGAUUGUUUAGCCAAGCUCGUUGGCGUGAGAAUCGCACCAUCUUCAAUACGCCCAAUCCACGGCUAAUGAAUGUCUCCCUGUUACGGGAUAGUAAACUGCUCCAUGGCCAGGAACGUCGCGGUUCCCGGAUGUCGGUACGUGCCCCAUCCCGUCAGCCCAGCAUGGCCUCACUGCGACCCCAUUCACCGAAUCCGUCGCUAGGUAAGACAGGUUCUCAUUCGGAAUCGCAUGGCAGUGCCAGCAAUGCAUCGGCCACCUCAGUGCGUUCCAAUCGCAGCAAUUCCGUGGCACCUGGCAAGGUGGCAGCUACUCAUCAUGAGCGUCAUGGAUCAUCUUCGCAUCGUCACCAUCAUCAUCAACAGCAGCAGCAGCCGCAGUCGCCGCAGGAGCAAACUUUGAUUACAAACAUAACAACAAAUCCUGUGGCCGAGAGUGUCACCGUGGAGAUCAUUGAGCCGGGACAGAAAUAAGGCAAUUACAACAAAGAGAGUUAUUAACAACAACAACAAACGACAAAGAAAAACAAUUAAAUUAUAUAGAAUUCUGGCUGCCUUUUUAGAGGGCUGUCCAUAAUUCACAUACACAACAUUUUUGGAAAUGACAAUUUUUUGCAAUUAAUGGAACUUUUUUAACCCAAUACCCAAUAUGCUAAUUAAUUACCCCUUUCAAAGAAAACACUUACACACAUAUAAUAUAUAUACUAUAUAUAGUACAUACUACAUAAAAUUAUAUAGCGAGCAAAUGUACUGGACUACACCGUAAACGUAACAAAGAAAAAAAAAUGUUUGAAAAAAACCUUGCAUAACAAAUUCAUACUACUCUUUAAUUUCGAACCAAAAAAAAGAAUGACAAAAAAAAACUAUAGAUAACUUUAAUAAUUUUUACAUAGUUAUAUUCAACAAAAGAUAACAAAGCUUUGGGUUCAAUGCUUUAACCCUACGCAUAGACAAAAAUGAGAUAUAUAUAUAUAGUAGAUAUAUACCUACAUAUAUGGGGCAUGAUCUCAAUUUUUUAGUAACUCCAUUGUUAAUACUUAACUUACAAUUAGAAGAUGCAAAUCAUUGCCAAAAGAAAAAAACAAAACUUAGCAACAUUUGCUGACCACGCCUUAUCUAAACGAAACCAAACUGGCCACGCCUCUAAUUGCUGCUAAAUUCUCAAAAAAACCCCCCUUGGCAAAUAUGGAUGAAUACUACAAAUAAUUGAUGAUAAACGAUACAAAAAACCAAAAAAACAAAAAGAAAAUUUAACAACCUCGGGACCAUAUUUUAUAAUCAAAAUAUGCGUUUCAAAGCGAAGCACGCAAGUUUUUAUUUCAAUUUUUGUUUUCAAAUCAUCAAGAAAGUAUAGAAGAAGAAAAACACAAAAAACCAAUGUAUAUUUUCGAAGAACAAACUAAGCUUAAACUAAACUAAACUUAAACUAACUCUAACUAAAAUUAAACUAGCAAAACGCACACUCAAGUGCCGUAAAUCGAGAAUCGAAAUUGACUUCCAAAGAAAAUGCAAUAUUGAUUUUUCCGAAUUCUAGAUCGAAACUCUAUAUUGGGCUAGUCGAGAAUAGGGGAAGAUUCUUGAAUUUGUCCAAUAUAGAGUUUCGAUUUUCAAAAACCACACACACAUUCAGAUUAGACUAUGAUAAGGUUUUUAGUUUUCAAUCUACCCCCCUCCCCUACCACCCACUCCCCCCCCCAACCCAACCCCAACAUUACACCAACAACAAGAAAAUAGAACUCUCUCUCUCAUUUGCUUUUGUGCUCAAUCAAAGAAGCUUAACUGUGAGAAUACCGAAAAAUAAACAAAAAAAACAAAACAAAAAGGAACUUUAAACAUAUUU